AUGUACCCCUUAUUGGCCGAGCGAGGAAACCCCCCACCGCGGCGCAAGUCAUGCGAAGCGUGCAAGACCGCCAAGCGCCGCUGCGAUCUCGCAUUCCCGGCUUGUUCGCGAUGCGCUACCAGGAAUACGCCAUGCAUUUACCCGGGACAACAGCCUGCAAUCCCACAGCAGUUGAUCGACGAGAUGGUCGAAUCGAUUGCGCAGACGGUUGACACGCCGUUAUCGGUGGACGCGGGUGUCUCGUGUACGACCGAGUUCCGUAUACCUGAACUACCAGACCCACCUGCUGUCACCCAUCCACUCGAUGUCUUCGAUCCACAAUGGGAUUAUAUCGACAUCGACGCUCCAUGUCUGGCAGAUGCACACACUGGUGUCCUCAUCGCACGACCAAGCUACGCAAUGACCGCUCCAGUGGCAAGACCCCCGAUGGCUCUGUCCGAAAUCAUCGCCUCCCGACUCCAAUUCGCCAUCGACGUCCUCAGGGACGUCCCCAAGAUGAUGGUCCAAGAGAACCAAACCCCUUGGUCUCAUAAACAGCUCUACGUCAACGGCAUGCCCAAACACAUGCAAGGCAAGUCGGCCCGUCACGCCUACUCCAGCUGCGCGCUACUCAUAACGCAAAACGCCGUCAACAGGCCCCUAAUAACCUCCCUAAUCAAAACCAACAUCCAAACACUGCUCACAUCUCCAGUCCCCACCACACCCCUGGAAACCCUCUCGCACACACACGCCCUGCUCCUCUACCAAAUUAUGCUCUUCUUCUCCCCAGACCCAAACGCAAACCUCUCCUUGAUCCCCCACCUAGAAUCCUCAGCCCUAACCCUCCUCUCCUGCAUCUACUUCCCCGAUCCCUCCUACGCCCCGACCAUCCUCCCGCCCACCCCAGAAGCAAAACAAGACUUCUGGACCUCGUGGAUCUUCCAGGAAUCCGCACGCAGGACCGUGCUUUUUACAUUCUACCUCAUACAGCUCCAUCGGCUGGUCCAGGGGGAGAGAAAUCUCGUCUGUGAUGGUUCGCUGGGGCUGGUGCAUAGUUGGUACCUGUCGGCGUAUUUGUGGGAGGCGCAGGAUGCGGGCGAGUUUGGGGCCGCGUGGAUGGAGAAGGAUCAUUUUGUGGUUGGCCAGUUGAAUUUCGGGAGGGUGCUUACGGAGGCUAGGGCUAGCGAUGUGGAUGUGUUUGGGAGGAUGCUUCUGGUUAGCUAUCUGGGGAUUGAGGAGGCGAGGGCUUGGUUUUUGGUUAGGGGGGCUAUUUUAUAG